ACCUCUGGACAUUAAGAAACUCCUCGACGACGAUCAUGAAUCCGAUGACCUCGAUGCCGAUAUGACUGUCGCGGAAGUGUUUGUCGAUAACGGUAGAGCACGCCAAGAUAUGUCCGACCAGCGGGGUACCGUUCGUGUGAUACAGAAGCCUGGUCAAUAUGCCCCUGUGCGGUUCCCCUCCGUCACCCAGGACUGGGAUGCCGCUGCGCAGAACUUUGAGCGCCAGAUCCAGGUCAAGAAGGAGGCUGUUAAGAAGGCGAUGGAUCAGAUUCCGACCAUCCAUGAAGAGGAGGGUAAUGAGUAUUCGAAUGCUGGCUCUGCUAGUGCACGGUCGUCUGCGUGGAGUCCCUAUGAGAACCGUCGGUCAGAAAUCCCCGUUUCGUCUGUCGAAAAGGAUGAAGUUCCAGGCUCGCCUGCGCCUUGGGAGAAGAAGCCGGUACUGCAUGAAGAGGAUUCUCAGAAUCAGGUUGGCAGCAGUAUUGCAGCUACACCUUUGCAUAAGCGUAUGCAGAGCCAGGAAUUAGGGGAUUCCCCAUCGCACACCCCGACGCCUGAAGAGCGCACUGCAUCUAGACACAGUUCCUCGCAAGGAUCUGCAAAACAGCAGGUGAAGCCCGCAACGGAAGGGCAAGCUAAUAGCUCGCAUGAAAUGGAAAGUAUUGAUGGAUCUCUGUCGCCGUUGAGUACUCGGAAACCACUCCAACGUCGACAAGUACCUGAAACCCAGCCGCCAGCCCCGGUCGUUAAUGUUGACAGUGAGAGCGAGAGCGAGAGCGAGAGCGAGAGUGAAGACGAGACAGGAGACGAAAAUGACGAGAACAUGUCUCCCCCAUCUGCUCAGAAGAACAAGCUCCAGAACGGCGAUGUCGAUAUGCACGAUACGGUGGAACCUACGCAGGAACAGCCGCAGUCCAGCUCGCGCAAGAGGAAGUUGAGCCAGGACGACUUCGAACCGAGCAAGGAGCCCCGCCUUUCUGAGCCAGGAAGCACACAUGAUACCCCCAAGGGCAACAAGCACGGCACGGUGACAGUUGAGGACUCGGCCAUCCCCCAACCCGACUUUUUGGCCCCUAAUGGUACCCCGGAGAUCCCCAGCAGCGCCCCUACUAUUCGCCGUGGCUCAGUAUCGCUUGCCCCAUACUCGACGCCGUCGAAGGCCCAGGCCCCCCUUGACAAGGUCAAAAACUUGCACUCCGCCUUGCGCAAGAGCUCCCCUGCUGAACGACCAUCCGAGCGCCGAUCAGUAUCGUUCGCCGAAUCCGACGAGGUAGUAUUUGCUGGGUCUCAACCAGUGCCAAAGUCGAACCCUCAGAGUACCUCGAAAGCUCACGCCAAGGGUUCAGACGCCAACCGGAGGACAUCCGAUCCAAGCUCUAUGGUCUUCCCUGCUUCUGUGCCCAAAGAGCGGCUGGACCAGCUCUUGGAAGAAGCAAACAGGAAAAUCGAGCAGGAUAAGCAAUACGAAGAGGAGUUGCAGGCUAAAUUACAGACCGCACGCCAGCAGAAAGGCAGUGCUGCGUAUAUCCGCAAGCUACAGGAACUGUCGGACGCAUGGACGGCUCUCAAGAAGGCCGAAAAGCACCAAAAGACGAAAACGGUAGCUCAGCGUAAGUUCGACUCGCUUCAGAAAGAGGUCCACAAGCUCGAGGCUGCGCAGAAAUCAAAGACAGCUUCUGCCACACCGCAGAAGAAACAGCAGUCUACGACACCACGCUCUCAGCCCGCUGAUGCCGCCAGAUUGCCGACGCCGCAUGACACGAAAGCUGCGAAUGGCACCAAAUCUCCAGCUUCGGAAAGCCGUGCUCAGCCUCAGAAGUCUUCUCCUAUGCAAAUGCGGACCAGAUCAGCUAGCAAGGUGGACACUUCCCCGAAGAUUGCAAGCGAGCCUCAGAGCUCUCUAGUUUCAGACAACCUGGACCUGCCGCCCAUGAGCAGAACCGUUCACAGAGCCGGCUCUUCCAAACCAGAUGGAACACCAGCCCGUGCAAGCACGGUGAAAUCGCCCGAGAAGGCUCCUAAGCCGUCCCCGCAGGCACCGAUCGAGCUGUCGUCUGAUUCAGAAGAGUCUGAGGAAUCCGAAUCCGAAUCAGAGUCGGAGUCGGAGUCCGAGGAUGAGGAAGAGAAGAAGCCUGCGAUCCGUCAAACAGCCUCUUCACCAGUGAAAGGCAACACCGCAACACCCACUCAAGUUUCAGCCUCGCAACCAGCUCCGUCACAGACAUGGGCACGUCCUUCAAGUGCGACGCGCACAACGCGCACGACGCUAAAGUCAUUGAUCCAGAACCAGAAGAAGGAGCUGGAAGCGAAAACGCAGCCGAAACGGGCGGCAAACUCGCUGCCACAGAAGC